UUUAUUUCAAAUUUACUACUAUUCUGGUGGCGACAUCUUCUAGUCUGAAAAGAGGCUAGCAGACAUUUUUGUGUGACUAUAUUCAUAAUAUUGAGACUAAACUAUAGACCAUCAAUAACUCCAUGUGCUUUGUUGUUUAUCUCAAGUCAUUGUAAAGGUUCAGUUUUUUAUUAAUUUCGUCAAAAAUCAGUGGAUUAACAGGUUAUCAUUUGGAAGUAAAGUGACAAAAUAUUUAAAAAACACUGUUAUUUAUAUAAAGUAUUAUGGAAGUGGUUGAAGAAAACGUGGCUCAUUUAAGUAAUUAUGAAGUACUGGCGCUAUUAAACGAAAAGCAAGCCAAUAAAAAGAACAAAAAUCAUCAACCACAAGCUACAGUAUUUUUUUCCACAAUAAAAUAUUUAAAUGGAACUCCCUGCAGUACUCAAACUCCUGAAAAAAUAAAAAAUUUUUUGAAGGCCGUUCAACCAUUCAAGUUAACCAAAUGUGAGAAGUUGGCUUUGUUGAAUUUAAGCCCGAGCACUCCGUUGGAAAUGCAACUGAUUGUCGAGGCCAGUGAUGAUGGUCGUUUGAGUGAAGCUGAAAUUGAUAGUUUACUGGAGCUGGUUCAAAUCCAUUUAGGUGACGGAAGCGCGAAGAAUACAAGUUAAUUAUUUAUUUUAUUUACAUUUUCUUUAUUGUUAAUAUCUGAGGUGUGAUAAAUAUUGUGCGAUUGUAUGAAAUUUUAUAAACUUAUCAUCUCUUCUGAUCUCCCAAGUCGUCGAUUGAGUCUUCGUCAAUCUGUAAUCAAAUAUAUAUUUAUACAGAAUAAAAAACUUUAUUAAAAAUAA